AUGGGGUUUCUUCUGGGAUUAGAGAUUUAUUUAGAGGUGAGUUGCGGCGGAAAUUUCUUACUUUUGCCGAGCAGGGCUGGGGAUUUUUCCGCCUUUGUCGGUUGUGGGGCUGGGGGCCUUCUCAGCACUUACAAUUUUGUAUUGGACUAUGGCUUUGGAGUUUGGACCAUGAGGUGUAGGAUGGUAGUUGGUAGAUAUCUUAUGCCAAAGCUGUGGGUUGGUCUUAUUGGCCCUCUGAAUUUCCCAGUUACAUUCGUCUCUCCAGUCUCCACAAAGGAAAAUCCAGAACUUGAAAAAGAACAAACAAAGAUACAAUUUAAUUUAUUGGAUUGGAGUGCUUCCGAGAACAGUGUGAACAAUGAAUCACAUGUCUGUUCAGUCAGGGAAGAUGAAAAAUGCAAUUUUGAGAAAGAUUUCUGUGCUGCUGAAUUGAUGCCAAAAGAAAUUACUUGGUACGCCUUGUCAGCAUCUUUAGAUGCAAAUUCACUUGUACUUAUGUUGCAGGAUAUGUAUGCAUCCUGUAUCAAGACAUGCUGGCAUUGGUCCAUUGAUAAAAAACCUAACUUACGGGAAACAGAAGAUCUAGUUGCUAAUUUGCCGGGUCAACCUAUGGUGAACUUUCGGCACUAUGCCGGAUAUGUCACCGUGAAUGAACAAAACGGAAGAGCACUUUUCUACUGGUUUUAUGAAGCCUCUGCUCUCCCUGAUGAGAAACCUUUAGUCCUCUGGCUUAAUGGAGGUCCUGGAUGUUCUUCUGUUGGAUAUGGAGCAACACAAGAGAUUGGACCUUUCCUUGUGGACACAGAUGGACAUGCCUUAAAAUUUAAUCCUUAUUCAUGGAACACAGAAGCAAACUUGUUGUUCCUGGAAUCUCCUGUUGGUGUUGGCUUUUCAUACUCAAAUACAAGUACCGAUUAUGAUAACAUAGGAGAUGACUUUACAGCACAAGAUGCUUAUAUUUUCCUGCACAAGUGGUUCCUCAAGUUCCCAUCAUAUAGAAAGCGAACCUUCUAUAUAGCUGGGGAGAGUUAUGCAGGCAAAUACGUACCUGAGCUGGCCGAACUUAUCCAUGACGAGAAUAAAAAUUCUUCACUUUUCAUUGAUCUUGGUGGCAUACUGCUAGGUAAUCCUGAAACAUGUGAUGCUGAAGACUGGAAAGGUCUUGUGGAUUAUGCUUGGAGCCAUGCUGUGAUUUCAGAUGAAACCCACAAAAUUAUCAAGGAAUCUUGUGAUUUUUAUAGCAAUGACACAUGGAGCAAUGAAGCUUGUAGUCAGGCCGUGGAUGAAGUUCUUAAACAGUACAAGGAGAUAGAUAUCUAUAGUCUAUAUACAUCAAUCUGUAUUGGCAAUUCAACAAAUUCCGAAGACAAAUCAAUGCAAGUCAUGUUCAGGAGCACUUCUAAAUUGAUGCCAAGGAUCAUCGGCGGCUAUGAUCCAUGCCUUGACGACUAUGCAAGAUACUAUUACAACAGAGCUGAGGUGCAGAAAGCCCUCCAUGUUAGUGACGGUCAGCGCCUGAGAGGCUGGAGCAUUUGCAACAUGACUAUCUUUAAUAGCUGGUCAGAUUCAAAGGAAUCUAUGCUCCCUAUAUACAAGAAACUCAUUGCUUCAGGACUUAGAAUUUGGGUGUAUAGUGGAGACACUGAUGGAAGAGUUCCCGUCUCAAGUACAGCUAAGUUCCAGGUCUUCGCAUUACACGAGCGUGGAGGCCCUGUACAUCAGAAACAGGUUGGUGGCUGGCUUCAGGAGUACGAGGGGGUUACUUUUGCUACAUUUAGAGGAGCCGGUCAUGCUGUGCCCAUUUUCAAACCAAGCGAAUCACUUGCAUUCUUCUCAGCAUUUCUAUCUGGGGAGUAUCCACCUCUCCAACGUUAG